AUGGCAACUAAGGAACACAGUCUUUAUAAAUUAGUAAGCAAAGAUUAGGCUGAAGCAUUUGCAUGGUCUUUUGAGGGUCCAAAUACAGAGGCUGUCCUCUAUCCAUUCCAAUUCCCUCCCAUCAGACCAGAUGAAGUCAGAAUUCAAUAGACAUAUUUUGGUUUAUGCUACACAGAUUGUCAUCUUGUUAAUUAAGAUUGGUUCCCAAUUAGUUAUCCAAGUGUUCCUGGACAUGAAAUCUUGGGCCACAUCGUAUAAAAAGGAGACCAAGUCACUCAAUUCUAAAUUGGUGACCUAGUUGGAGCAGGAUUCAUCAGAGAUAGUUGUGGAAAAUGCAAAUAAUGUAUAGUAGGAAACGAUUAAUUGUGUGGAUAAGUUGGAAAUGAGCAUUUGAUUCCAAUCCCCAAGUUUGGUGGAUUUGCUACUCAUGUCUAAUUGCCAGCUAAAUGGACAUUCCCAAUUCCCAACACAAUUCCUCAACAUCUUGCACCUCCUCUUUUAUGCGCAGGAAUUACAGUCUAUGCCCCACUUAAGAGACACUUUGGAGCCAACAAGAAAGUUGGUAUCCUCGGUAUCGGUGGUCUUGGACAUUUAGCAAUCAAAAUCUCUGCUGCUUUGGGCAUGCAAACAACAGCUAUUUCUACAUCAGCAGACAAGGAAGAAGAAGCAAGAUCCUAUGGUGCCACUGAUUUCAUUUGCACCAAGAAUCAAGAAUAGAUGGGAAAGGCAAAUGGAACUUUUGAUAUGAUUUUGAGUUGUGCUAGUGCUAAUACAGUUGAUGAAUUCGUUGCUUACACAAACCUAAUCAAGAGCGGAGGUGAUUUCGUCAUGGUUGGUAUCCCAGCACUCACAAAGGUUGAACUCUAAUUACCAUUUUACGCUUUGGUUGUAAGAUAAAUUUCCUUCGUUGGAUCCCUUGUUGGAUCAAGACAAGAAAACUACGAAAUGCUUGAGUUUGCCAAUAAGCACAAGAUUUACCCUACUUGCGAGUAAUUCGAGUUUGAAAACUUCAAAGGUGCCUAUGAUAAAUUGUUAAAUGGAAAACCCAAAUAUAGAUGCGUUGUCAAAGUUGGUAAUGCUCCAGAAACACUCAAGUAAUGAGAGUAUUAUAUAUAAAGAAUCAAUUUAAAUUGUUAUAUUUCUCUUUUUUCA